AUGGAAAGACUUGCACGCGACGUAGCACGAGAUGAACCAACUUUGGAUCACACGAAUCCAUUCCUGGAUCACGAACGGUUUCGCAAAGAGAGGAAGAUUCUUCCCAGGAAAGGAAAUCGCCGGCGAAGCGAAACAAAACCCGAACGUGGUCUUUCCGAUGGUAAUUGCUUGGGAGGAGACAAUAUCCAUUUUUCCCCACAGAGCCCUCAUUUUGGGGUAUUCCGGCGAAGGUGCUCUUCUCUUCCGCCAGAAUUCGAUUCGUCGUCUAUGUCGAAGGAUUUUGUUGACGAAAAAUCGGAGUUUUGUCCAGGAGGAGUACCUCUAGUUUAUCGUGAUAUCGACAUGAAAUUCCUGAAGCAAAUGAAACGCUUCCCGUCUCGUCGUCAUACGCUUAUCCCUGAAUGUAGUGGUGUUCGUUCAACCCUUGACCUGCAAUCGCUUCGGUCACAUCCUACCUCCUCUAGUUUUCUUCAUUCCACUACUGCAACACUAUCUUCCUCUGAGGCCGACAGUCCUGGUGUACGAAUUGAACAAACUCCAGAGGUACUGCACAUUUCAUAUGAUAUACCGUAUAACUUGUAG